AUGGCGAAUGACAAAAACAUCCGGUUUGCUUGAGGGAGGAAGUGGGCAGACACGGAGUUGUGUUUAACACCGGCUUCAAAAAUGUCUGUCUUUAAACGAUUACGGGGAAAGAAGGACAGUAACACAGAGCAGGAUGCUUCCCCAACCCUUGCCAGUCGCUUUUCCUUCCCCAGUUUCAAUCGUACACCGUCACAAUCCCAGCCUGUUGAACCAGAACCUCCCAGCAUCGAUGAAGCACAGGGCUUUCUGUGUCCCAUGUGUAUGCAGUCACUCAGGUCAGCUGAGGCUCUACAGAUGCACUUUGACAUAGAGCACAGUGAAACAGAUCAACUCAAAGACCAGGGCGAGGGUUUCCUUUGCCCGAUCUGCAAGAAGUCUUUGUCUUCCCCGGAGGAACUGACGGAGCACUACCAGUCCAUGCACGAGACCCCAGUGAGACCAACAGAGAACAGAAACAGGAGAGACGGCGAUGUGUUGGCCUUGAGACAGGAGAUCGAGGACCUGAGGGUGUCUCUGAAGGAGGAGAAGUGGUACACUGAAGAACUGAAGAAGGAGCUGGAGAAGAAUCAGCAGAAUGGGGAGGUUCCGGAAGCCAUAUCUGCUGAGACAAAGAAUGAGCUGGAAUUGCUGAAGAUGCAGUUGAAAGGCUCCGAAGAAAGUAGAACCCUCUUGAGUUCUGAGGUGCACCACCUCCAGGCCCAGGUGUCCGAGGUCACAGGUCAACUGAACGCCGUGAAGGAGGAGAAGGAGAAGAUUGAACAGAAAACUGCACACAUGGCUGGUGAGAUGGUGAGUGUGAAGGCCAAGGCUGAUGAGAGCGAAGGUCAAAGGGCAGCGCUGGAGGACCACAUCCGUACACUGAAGGUGCAGCUGGAUGAAAAGGAUAGCUACGUCCGGAAUGUGGAGUCCCAGUUGUCCCAGAGGCCCGGGGCUGAUGACGUUCUGGUGCUGAAGCAGGAACUCAUCAGUGUUCAGACUCUGAUGGACAAGAUGACUCUGGAGCAGGAGAAGGAAAAGGACGACCUGGAGCGGGAGUUCAAGGCACUGCAGGAGAAAUACCAGGAGUCCAGUGUAAAGUAUAACGAACUGAAGGUUGAGCUGGAGAAGGCCCCCAAACUGGAGGAGGUGGCACAUCUUCAGACUGCUCUCAGUGAGCGAGACUCAGGGUCUCAGCACCUGGCUUCAAAUCUGCAGCAAAAGGAAGCCGAGAUCAGAGACCUCAUUGAGCACAAAGCAAAGUUGACCCAGCAGCUGGAGGAUGUGAGACUGGCCUCGGGGGACCAGCAGACAGCCAUCACCAAAAUGCAGGAUGACUACACGAGCCUGGAGGAGGAGAAGCGUAACCUGGAGAACAAGCUGCGCACCAACGAGGUCAACGUGGCAGAGCUUGGGCAGGAUCUGAAUAAGCUGCAUGGCAAGCUGGAAGAGGUACAGCUGCAGCUGACAGAGAGAACCUGUCAGCUGUCAGAGCUGCAGGCCACCCUGGAUGAAAGAGAUGUUAAGAUCAGCCAAUCAGAGCAGGAGAACCAGUUGAGAACUGGGAAGCUGUCUGAGGUUGGGGAGGAUCUUAUCAAGACUCGUAAGGCUUUGGAUGAGAAGGAGAAAGCCAUGGCAGAUCUCCAGAAGCAGCUGUCUGAGUCCAAGUCCGACUUCCAGGACCAGCUCCACCAGAAGGAGCAGGUGCUUAAUGACCUCAAACUCAACCUGGAGAAGGUGGAGGCAGCUGUAGAGACCAAGGUGUCGGAGAUCACUGACCUCAACCAGCAGCUGACACAUGUACAUAAACAGUACGAGGAUGAGGUACAUGUGAGUGACGAGACGCGGGGUGAGCUGAGGGACAUCCAGGCCAAGCUGGAGGAGGAGACCAGGAAGGGAGGGUCCAGAGAGAGUCAGUGUGUGGAGCUGGAGGGUCAGCUGCAGCAGCUGAAGGAGGCAGUACAGAGACUGGAGACGGAGAGGGGAGACCUUUUUGCCAAGAUUGAGGCUGGUGAGGGAGUGAGUGAAGCCAUGAACCAGCUGAAGCAGGAAAAUACAAGUCUGCAAGAGAAGAUCAAAGAACUUCAGGAAAACCUGCAAUCUCAAACAGGAGAGAGUUCCAGCAAACAGGAAGCACUGCAUAAGCAAAUGACCGAGUUGAAAGGUCAGCUUCAGGCAGAGCAGGACAAGUGUCACAAGCUGGAAUCAACGUCGGAGGAGAGGAUGGAGAAGCUGAACACGUCUCAGCAGAAGCUGCAGCAAACAGAAGCUGAUCUCAAGACCAAGAAUGAGCUGCUGUUGGCUGCAGAGGCCGCCAAGACGAGUCAAAGGACCGACCUGGAGAACCACAUCAAGACUGCCCAGAACGUGGUAGACGAGCGGAAUGCGGAGCUCACCACACUACGGAACACACUGGAACAGACUCAGGUGGAGCUGGCAGCAAAGAAGGACAAGAUCAUGGAGCAGGAGGGGCAGCUGAAGGGGGAGGGGGACAAGCUCACCCACAGCAACAAAACCAAUACCGCCCUGGAGAGGGAGCUCAAGGAGAAGAAAGACUUCCUGGCUGGUUUGCUGAAGGAUAAAAAGGAAGUGGAGGACAGUCUGGCCAAGACAAAGAAGUCCCUGGAGGAGGUCACCGGCCAGAAACUACAGACAGACAAGAACCUUGACAGUGUAGCUGCUUUGACGGAUGAGAAGAAUAAGGUAAGAGAAGAAAAGAUUGAGGUGUCCACAGAGCUGGCAGAUCAUAUUGGGCAGCUGAAGACAAAGGAACAGGAGUUAUCUGCCCUGAGACAGAACCUGGAGACUUUAAAGACACAGAAAGACACAGAGGUUGGUAGUCUGAAAACAGAAUCUGAACAAAAAUCGGAAGAGUUCAAGUUGAAACUGUCCACAAUGGAGGAACUGCUUAAAGUGGAGCAGGAAUCCAUGAAAGCAAAAGCAUCAGAAAUUGUAGAUUUGAAUAAGAAGAUCAGUGAUCUUGAGAAUAGCAGUAAGGAGCUUGAUGGUGUAAAGACAGAUCUUCAGAAACAGCUGACAGAACUGAACGCCCAGCUGAACCAGCAGAUCAGUGAGAAGACCAGUGUAGAGAAGGACAUGCAGGAGAGUUUGGCCAGCAAGGAGAGGGAGAACACUGACCUGCUGGCACAAGUACAGACCCUGACCGGCAAGUCUGAGGCCCUGGAGAAGAGUGUGGAGGAGUUGCGGACGUCGCUGAAGGAGGGGGAGCAGAAGCAGCAGCAACUGCAGGAGGAGAUAGCCAAGGCCAGGGACCGGGAGAAGGAGCUGAAUAACUCCUUUGAGGAACUCAGUGAGGUGCGGACGGCCAUGAAUGGUCAAAUGUUGAAGCUGGACACGGAGCUGAAGGAGACAACAACAGUCAGGGAUGAGUUGCAGACGCAGAAGGACUCCCUUGAGGAAGAGUUGUCUGCCCUGAAGAAGGUGUUUGACGAGACGAAGGCAGCCUGUGUGUCAUACAAGAAGGACCGAGAGUCCAUGAAGGAGCAGUUAGAAACAGAACAGGAACAGCGAACACAGGAAGUGUCGAGUCUGGAGGAAGCCAAGCAGAUCCUCAUCACCCAGAAGCUUGAGAUUCAGAACAAACUGGAUUCCUUUGAGGAGCUGCUCACUCAGACAAAGAAUGAAACAGAGAGUGUGAAGUCUGAAUCUACCAAUAUUCAACAAAUGCUGAGAGAGGAAAAUUCAAGUCUACAGACAAAACUGGCUUCUGAACAACAAGGACGAGAGACUUUGCAGAAGCAGAAGGAUGAGGACGAGGCUCGGUAUGAGAUGCAACUCUCCGUCCUCAAUGAGAACUUGACCACUGUUCGGUCCGAUCUGACAGUCAACCAGCAGAAGGUGGAGGACUUCACCAGAAUCAACGAUGAGCUGAGGGGGGAGAAGCUAGAACUGGAGGCGAAACUGGAAAACAAUAACGAGGAAAGAAGGAUGCUGGUUGAGAGGUGCUUGACUAGCGAGAAGGAAUGUGAGAAGUUGAGGGAGAAAGUGACGGAAACACGACGAAAGUUAGAUGAUACACAGGCAGCCCUGCAUGAACUGGGCCGAGAGAACCAGUCUCUACAGAUUGUGAGCACAAAGGUCCAGAACAGGAAGUGGGCAGAUGACAGCCUGGUGACGGAGUGCAUGGGGUGUUCCAAGGCCUUCUCCAUGACUGUGAGGAAGCAUCACUGCAGGAACUGUGGCAACAUCUACUGCAAUGACUGCUCCCUGAAGUCAGCCACUGUGGCUGCCUCCAAGAAGCCUGUGAGAGUCUGUGAUACCUGCUACAACGAAGUAGUGAACAAAAGGUGACAAGGGAGCCACUGACCUCCUCUCAAAGAAUCCUCAAGUGUAAUGGAGCCUUGCAGCCACCGAACAACCAGUAAUAUACAUUGUAUUCUGGUUGACAUGUUACCAAAUAUAUUUCUAUACUGGACAGGAAUGUUUCUGAGAACUAUGGUGUUGAAGGCUUAUAGUGUGUUCAAGGUAGAGUGAAGUCAAUAUCGUUAAUGAAAGAUGAAGAAUCCCCUGUAAUACUAUGUUACUUGGAAAUACUGGUUCAUCCUGUAUUUUAUUCAACGAAUAAUAGGCAGCACUCCGGCUGAUCUUGUCUCUUGGUAACUAGGCCGCAAUGAAUUGAUUAUAUGGUAAAUAUGAUUAAUCACUUCCAGAAACUCCAGAAUAUAUAAACCCAGGAAAUUAAAAAAAUAAUAGAUGUUUAAACAUUUUAUUCGGGUCAAACCUGUGGAUCAGAGACAAGUUUCA